UUCCAAUUUUUUUGUUCACAUAAAAUCAAAGAAAUUUCGAAAAAAGAAAAAAAUUUAUUUUUAACUAACAAACAAAUAUCUAGAUUUAUAUAAAAUCUUUCUACAAAAGGUGUUUAGUUAAGUAUAUAAAAGAUGUCUCUUGUGGCUUAUGAAGCUAGCAGUGAUGAGGAAUCCAAUCAUUCGGAAGAAGAAGAAGGGGAGGGCACCACUGCCGCCGCGAUAAUUAAUGGCUUAUCAUCAUUAGCCGCAAAAGGUUUAAAUGGUGGGCAUACCAGUGGUAAAAUAAGCGACGAUGAAGAGGACUAUGCACCAACUGAAUUUUCACCACUGAGUGCGAUAGAAACUAGUAAAUUAUCAGCACCUAGUCUUUCAUUGCCCAAACCUAAAAAUUCUACUGAAACGAAAGUACUAGACGAAGAAAUAGAAGUAACACCAAUAUUUUCCAAACUUCCCACUCCUAAGAACAGUAUAGAAAAUAAAACAAUUAUUGAAGAGGAGGAUGAUGAGUUUUUACAUAAAAAAGCAACUUUACCCGUGGAAGAGUCGAAACCGAAACCAGUAAAUGUUCUUCAGAAUAAAGGUCCGGUAAAAAUUACAAUACCCUCAUUAAAAGAAUUCAGUGAUGUAGAAAAAGAUAUGACAAACAAAGUGAAAAAUAAACCAUUACAAGCUGGCCAAAAAAAAUCUAGUUUAUUAAGUAUGUUACCUCAAGCAAAGUCGGAGCGUAAUUUUACAAAAUCUGCCGUAAAACUUCCUAAUAAUGAUAGUGAUAACAUAGCUACUCAACCGAAGCCAUCAUCGGUUAAUCGAUUCAUACCAGAUACCGUGAAAAACCGCCGUCCGGCAUACAAUACUGAACGUGUUGAUGGCAUAAGGAGAGCGCAUAAAAAGCCGUUGAAACCCAUAGAUGUAACUAAGAUUUCAUUGGUCAAUUGUAGCGAAAGUGAGGAGAGUGGAGAUGAAGGUGGUGACUUCUUUUCAUUGAAUUCCGAAGACAAAUUGCCUGAAGUGAGCAAAAAUGAAAUAGAUGAUUUGAUAGCAAAACGUGCUGCUAAGAUGAUGAAAGCGAAAGAGAAAUUCUUUAAUGAUACCACCGAAAACAAAAAUUCAACUGUUGAAAAUAUGGAAGUCGAAGACGAUGCGCUGGAUUUGGAGGGGCAACAAAAACAAGCUAUUUUAAAUAGGGAGGCCAUGCAGGCACUUGCCGGAAGUAGGGCAAAAAGAAGAAAAGAUGAGAACAUACAAGUUUUGGAUAUUUCAAGUGCCGAAGUACUCCCAAGUAGAGAAGAGUGGAUGCGUACCGCUUUGGCUUCCUCUACAGCAUAUCAACCGACUGGUGUUCUGGUCGAUGAAGAGCCUGCAGCUGGUACCAGAAGGAAGCAUCAAAUUACAUAUUUAGCACACAAAGCAAAAGCCAACGAGGCUGAACUACAAGCAAUGUGGGCCGCCAAUCGUCAAAAUCGUAAAGCUACGCAAAGUAAAUACGGAUUUUAGAAUAUUUUUUUAUUGCUUAUAUUUAAAUCUUAUACAUUUAUUUUCUUAUUAAUAUAAGGUAAUAAAA